UCAUGUAUCUGGGACAUUUACUGUUGAUGAAAACUGUUUUAUAUUUCAAUAAUUAAAAAUACGUAGAGCUUAUUUCAAUAAACUGGAAAGACUGUUUUAGUUGUUUGAGGAAGUUUGUACAUUGUGUGUUAAGGACUUGGCAUGGAACCUGUAGUGACAUACAUGUCAGCUGGAGCAUGUAACAUCUAAAAUCUCUGUGCGUCUACUGUAGGCCUGGUUUUCCUUGAAGAUGCUUAUGGCAUAAUACAAACCAUUAAACAUAUCUUUCGUGCUGAAAGUGUGUGUGCAAGGCAGGCUGGCUGCCAACCCCUAAACCACGGUACUAGCUCACACUCAUGGGUUUUAAUCUUAUACUGUUUUGCUUCUUUACUAGAAAUAUAUUUCUUAAAACUUUAAUGUCAUUAUUAGUUUAGUUGGUCAGAAUCUAAGAAGUUUUUAAAAACUAUAUCUGUAUAAAUUCUUGAGAAUUCUACGCCUGCAUACAGUGUGUUCUGAUCAUAUUCACUACCACCCCAAAUCCACCCAGCGUGGUUUUGGCUUUCCUCGGCUUUUUUUUUUUUUUAGCACACAUUUGCUGUAACAGAGGUAGUGUGAACGCAGGUCGUUUACUGUUUGUAUCUCCUGGCGUGAUCAAAGUGGACUUUACUGGCUUCACUUACCAAAGAUUAAAGAUGAAAUAGUAUCUUACACAUUUUGUGUACAGUUUCUUUUCUACAUCAGGACAAACAGAUCAGGUAACUUUAGACAUUAGGAUUAAAACAUGCUUUAGAGGUCACCUGGUUUAGUUCUUCCAUUUUAUCCAUUAGCAUGGUCAAAUGCAGAGAAGACACUGCCUGUCCAGAGCUGGGCAUGAGUUGGUGACAAGACAUGAUAGAGUCCAUUGACUGCCACCCACCACACAGCCUGGGCAGCUGUGGACAGGCCACCUUCCUCCUCUCACCCGUAUAAAGAGGGCUCAGGUGACUCUCCAGCCCUAAUGCUCUUUCACAGACUCCCUGUGAACCACUGAAACCCCAUACUUAGCUGAUGGAGCUGACGCUAGUCUAGCCUUAAUGAGUGAGAGGAACAUGAAGCCAACAGCCAGCUAUCGGGCUGCAGGUUUGUAUGAGAGCAAAAGACUUUCUAGCUUUUUCCAUUUGGUUCUAUCUACAGUAUAGUGCUAUAGUAUAGUAUAGUAUAGUGACUUAUUUAUAGUCUCAGGUGACCAGAAUAUUCAUUUUAUUACAUGUAAGUCAAUGUUUCUUCCCUGAGUUAUUUAUGCUCACUGACCUUCUGAUCAAGCCGUUUUCCCUGAGUUGUUGAGACCCAGUUAGUGGUAGGGUUUUCAACAUGGUCAAUGUCCUGUCCUGCCUCGGCUUUUACUGGUUUAUGUUUUUUAAAACUCGCUGUAGAACUCUUCCCACCAUACUCUGCAUAAUGUUUCCUUACUCACUCAUCCCAGUGGCUAACGACAGCGCUCCAGAGCACGCCCUGAGGCCUGGCUUCUUAUCCACGUUUGCCCUCGCCACAGACCAAGGCAGCAAACUCGGACUUUCAAAAAAUAAAAGCAUCAUCUGCUACUACAAUACCUACCAGGUGGUUCAGUUCAAUCGUCUGCCUCUGGUGGUGAGUUUCAUAGCCAGCAGUAAUGCCAACACAGGACUAAUUGUCAGCCUAGAAAAGGAGCUGGCUCCGCUAUUUGAAGAACUGAUAAAAGUUGUGGAAGGCUCUUAAUCCAGCAGUGGUUCUGACACACGCAUGCCUUGGCCUCACUGCAGCAACCCUGGACCAGGCCAGCAAUCCUCAGACCACAAUAGUAUCUAUGUAUUCAGAGGCCGCUUUUCCAGACUACACUAAAGGAGCGCCUAUCGCUAUAAUUUAUAGACAGAUCAAUUGUUAUAUUUAUGUGUAUAAAAUCUUUUCUUACUUAGUGAGAUCUGGGAACGCCACAGAAAUGGUUCAUUCUAUUGCAGCUCCCAUGGAGUUAGUGUGGGCACCUGAAAGUGAGUGAGUGGUAUCUGUCCAGAGCAUCAGGGUCAGGACGGCACAGUGAGGAGAUGAGCCGGCCAGGGCACCUGCUCAGCUCCGCUCCAUAAGCCGCACACCCUUUUACUGAGAAUAAUAAUGAGGUCAUAUUUUUCUUGAGAUUAUAUUUUAUUUCUUCGCAUUGUGAGGAAGAUGAAAUGGCUUAGUAAAAAUAAUUAAGUACAAUCACUAACUUUCCUCUGUGUUCUCAGUGUAGCUGAGUGUUACUAAUGGAUUUGAGUCUUCAGGUGCUGCUCCUCAGAGAGAACGAAGUCACUGCUUACGACGUCUCUUCUGCUUCUCUGUAACCAUGCUGCCACGAUUGUGUUCUUUGUACGAUUGAAAUGCAUGUCACUGAAUUCUGUUUCCAUUAUCAGUAUGUAUACAAAAAUGACAGGAUGGCCAUUUUUUAUACAUGAGUAUAAAUAAAAUAGUAUUUUUAAAAGUA